AUGGCAGCGGGUGGUUUUGUUAGCCGUGCAUUUGAAUCGAUGCUAAAGGAAUGUUCGAGCAAGAAGUUCCCCGAUCUUCAAAAAGCUAUUCAAUCUUAUUUAGAUAAUGCGAAAGAGGUGACUCAGCAGCCUAAACCUAGUGAGACGAAUCUGGCAGCAUUGUCUGCUGGAGACGGGAGUUCAAUUGAUUCUGAGGGUGGAGCUACAAAAUGUGGAACAGAAACAGAAUCAGAUCAAUCAGACGCAGUUCCUCAUACUUCUGAAGAGGCACAGGAUGCAAAUAAAAAGCGGGCAUCAGUCGAAACCUUACAGCUGUCUUGGCAAAUGCUGGCGCAGAAACUCAUUGCAUAUGAUCAUUUAGAAGGAGAUCCUGGUUCGGAUGGUGGUAAAAAUGUCCCACUCUUUACAGACAUUCUGAACAUGUACAAGUCUCCAAGUGUUAAAGGUACUUCUGACAGCCGUAGCAUCCACAAAGUUUCGAGACUAAAGGACAAAAUGAGUGCAGAGGCAGAGUUAUUCUAUGAUCAAAAUGCCUCGUUUGCUGUUUAUUGUACAGAGCUCUACCCUAGACUUCCAAAUUGGAUGCCCCAUAUCCCAGCAGGCAGUAGGUGCAGCAUCAGGGGGAGCCUUCACAUGAGUACAUGGGGAGCCUUUGUUGGGAGUCAUCAGAAUAUGCUACAACAUUGCUUUGCACAGGUUCUUAUUUUGCUUUUAUCAGAAUGGAGAAUGGAAACUGAUUCUCAAGCUCAGGUUUCUACUUCACUUGGUUCUACUGGGAAUGAGGAGGCUGCUUCGGCAGAGAAAUCAGAUGUAAGUGUUGAAGAAACUCCAAAUGCUGACCAAAAUGAGGAAGGGAUCACUUUGGGGGAUGCACUUAAUCAGAUCAAAGGGGCUUCUCUUGCAUCUGUUGAGGAACUCCAUAAUCUUGCAGGCGGUGCUGAUAUUAAGGGUCUGGAGGCUGUUCUUGACAAAGCUGUGCAUACUGAAGAUGGUAAAAAGACUACAAGGGGGAUUGACCUGGAGACCAUGGACAUUGGACAACGGGAUGCUUUGUUGGUCUUCCGCACCCUUUGUAAGAUGGGUAUGAAGGAGGAUAAUGAUGAAGUCACCACCAAAACAAGGAUCUUGUCUCUAGAGCUUCUGCAGGGUUUAUUGGAAGGUGUUAGCCAUUCAUUUACAAAGAACUUCCAUUUUAUUGACUCAGUAAAAGCAUAUCUUUCCUAUGCUCUGUUGCGUGCUUCAGUUUCACAAUCUUCAAUCAUAUUUCAGUAUGCAACUGGAAUCUUCUCCGUGCUUUUGUUGCGGUUCAGGGAAAGUCUUAAAGGUGAAGUUGGUGUAUUCUUUCCCUUGAUAGUUCUACGAUCAUUGGAUGGUGCAGAGUGUCCUGUUAACCAAAAAAUGAGUGUUCUUCGGAUGCUUGAAAAAGUUUGUAAGGAUCCUCAAAUGCUUGUUGAUGUAUACGUGAAUUAUGACUGUGAUCUUGAGGCACCAAACCUGUUUGAACGCAUGGUUACUACACUAUCUAAACUAUCUCAAGGGACUCAAAAUGCAGAUCCAAAUUCUGCUGCUGUGUCCCAAACUACUUCAAUUAAAGGUUCAUCACUUCAGUGUCUUGUGAAUGUGCUCAAAUCCUUGCUUGAUUGGGAGAGAUCAUGCAGAGAAUUGGAAAAGAAGAGUAAAAACACUCAAACUCUUGAAGAAGAGGUUUCAGCUAGAGAAAAUGCAGAGGUAAAAGGCAGGGAAGAUGUGCCCAAUAACUUUGAGAAAGCUAAGGCUCAUAAAUCUACAGUGGAAGCUGCCAUCUCAGAGUUCAAUAGGCAUCCAGUGAUGGGCUUAGAGUCUAUGAUAUCAAACAAGUUGGUGGAAAAUAAUCCUGCUUCAGUUGCUCAAUUUCUGAGAAAUACUCCUAGUUUGAACAAGGCCAUGAUUGGCGAUUAUUUGGGCCAACAUCAAGAUUUUCCCCUUGCUGUCAUGCAUGCUUAUGUAGAUUCCAUGAAGUUUUCAGAAAUGAAGUUUGAUACAGCAAUUCGUGAGUUUCUGAAAGGAUUUCGACUUCCAGGGGAAGCUCAAAAGAUAGAUCGUAUCAUGGAAAAGUUUGCAGAGAGAUAUUGUGCAGACAAUCCAGGUCUUUUCAAAAAUGCUGAUACUGCAUAUGUUCUUGCAUAUGCUGUUAUAAUGUUGAACACUGAUGCACAUAAUCCAAUGGUGUGGCCAAAAAUGUCUAAGUCGGAUUUUGUACGAAUGAAUGCCAUAAAUGAUGCUGAAGCUUGUGCCCCAGCAGAUCUACUGGAAGAGAUAUAUGAUUCGAUUGUCAAGGAAGAGAUAAAACUGAAAGAUGAUGCAUCUGGGAUUGGGAAAAACAGCAAACAAAAACCAGAAGGUGAAGAGAGAGGUGGCCUUGUUAGUAUUCUCAAUCUUGCUCUUCCCAAACAAAAGUCAUCGAUUGAUGCCAAGUCUGAGAAUGAAGCUAUCAUUAGGCAAACACAGGCAAUAUUCCGGAAGCAAGGAGUAAGAAGAGGAGUGUUCCAUACAGUACGACAGAUUGAAAUUGUAAGGCCCAUGGUUGAAGCUGUAGGAUGGCCUUUGCUUGCUACUUUCUCUGUCACUAUGGAGGAAGGUGAAAAUAAGCCAAGGGUUGUUCUCUGCAUGGAGGGAUUUAAAGCUGGAAUCCACAUUACACAUGUUCUGGGAAUGGAUACCAUGCGCUAUGCUUUUUUAACAUCUCUGGUCCGGUAA